AUGGCGAAAACAAUAAUAUCACCUCCAUCCACUGGAUCUCUUUUUCUCCCAUAUUCUGCCCCACAAUCACUAUUGCCCCCUCAAUCUUUUGCAAUUUCAUCAAAACCUACCCGUUUCUCCACGCGAAAGCUCCGUGGGACGUCACUUAUGGCGGGGAAAUCUGCCACCGCCGCCGUCGUGGCCGAUGUUCUCGGUGAAGUUGGCAUUUUCACCGCCGCCGGCGAGUAUGUCCAGUUCAAAGAUCUCUGGGAUCAGGAGGGAGUGGCAGUUGUUGCACUUUUGAGACAUUUUGGGUGUUUUUGUUGUUGGGAGUUUGCCUCAGCACUUAAAGAAUCGAAGGAGAAAUUCAACUCUGCUGGUGUAAAGCUAAUAGCGGUUGGUGUUGGGACUCCCGACAAGGCACAACUUCUUGCCGAAAGGUUGCCAUUUCCUUUGGAUUCCCUCUACUGCGACCCGGAUCGUAAGGCCUAUGAUGUUCUGGGCUUGUAUUACGGACUUGGCCGUACAUUUUUCAACCCAGCUAGCGUCAAAGUGUUUUCACGAUUUGAGGACCUGAAAAAGGCCAUGAAGAACUACACUAUUAGAGCCACCCCAGAUGACAGAAGUAGCGUCCUGCAACAGGGAGGGAUGUUUGUGUUUAAAGGAAAGCAAUUAUUAUAUGCAAGAAAAGACGAGGGAGGGAUGUUUGUGUUUAAAGGAAAGCAAUUAUUAUAUGCAAGAAAAGACGAAGGAACCGGUGACCAUGCGCCAUUAGAUGAUAUCCUCAGUAUCUGCUGCAAAGUUCCUACUGCAUGA